CAGAGCAGGGCAAUGUGACAACUUGCUAUGGUGUUUUAUCAAUGUUGUCUAGACGAGCAAUUGUCCAAAUGGACAAGUGGGAUGGUGGAUACAAUGUCUUGUGUGCGUACUUGUAUGCGUAAUGUCCAGCGGGUAUCUUUGCUUGGGGUGAUCUUAACGUACUUGUACCGUCCUCAAGAGAUGUAAACGUCGGACAUGAGCGUUUCUGUAGAUCGCCCAACAAUUGCCACUUUUAUCUAACAAGAUUUAUCGUAUCAUUUGCAUAUCCCGAUCUUACAAGUCGUGUGUUGCUUGCAUUUGUUUAUCUUUGGCUCCGAUACAGCCUUGGAACCAGCAAUAGUACAUUGCAGCCAUAAAAUGCACUGGAAUGUACGUCGGAUCCCAAGCGGAAAAACGCAACUUGGACACGUCACCAUCUUUUUGUUGUUGUUUAUCGCCAUCCCCUUCAUCCAUUACAACGAAAUCAACCUUUUGGCAACGUACGCACAACGAGAAAGAAGAGCAGAGGACUUUGUUGAACCACUGUGUUGGACAAAUGGCUCAAGAACAGCACUCGGCUUUUGACGUGGACUUUGACGAAUUUCUCAAUCUUGGUGCGCAGUUGGAUGCGCAGCAAGCGCAACAGCUACCUGGGCAGGACCUGUUGCUGCCUCCCCUCGACCUGACGUUAGAUUCUCCAAACCUCUAUGUCGAUGCUCAGCCGGAACAGCCGGAACGUACGGAAGCAGAGACCACGCUCCAGCAGUUGAUGGAUUUUGAAAGCGCCGAGCACGGGUGGGCGGUUGACCCUUCUGUAUUUGCUGUUAAACAUCCUUUGGAGGAGCUCUGGGCUGGAGAGCAGCAGGGACCUUUGAGCGAGGCCCAGAAUGACAGCGUAGUACCCGCGCUGACCUUGGAUCCGUCUCUCGCCGUGGAUGUGAAACCGGAAGCGUCGCUCUCCCCGAACGACGCGUCUUCUUCUUCCUUUGCAUCCGAACCUUAUCAACCCUCCACGCCCCCAAUGGAAAAGGACGCAGAGGACACGAAAAAACGCGCGCGCCGUGCUAAUGGUAAAAAACGGCGUCGGACAACAGCCGACGAUGACGCGUCCGAAUCACAGGACGAAAAAGCCAAGAAUGAGAAAUACUCAAUUGCUCAUGUUGGUACCACAUUGGAGGAGCUUCGCUCCUUUAUCGAUGAACUGGAACGCGACGAGAGUAUCACUCCAAAGGAGAAACGGCAGAUUCGAAACAAGAUUUCUGCAAGAAAUUUCAGAGUUCGUCGCAAGGAAUAUGUCACCACUCUCGAGGAGGAGGUCAAGCAGCUCAAGGACGAGAAAGCUCAACUGGCUGAGCGGGUUGCACAAGUUGAACAAGAGAAUGCGGGCUUAAAGGAGGAGCUGGAACAGCUCCGCACUCUGUUGGCCGAAAAACUAGUUGUUACGCCCACAGCGCAGACCGAGAAACCCACUACACCCGUCCCUACCCCUGCCAUUCCUGCCCAACCCAUCGACGCAUUUGUUAGCGCAGCACCUGCCGCGACCCAUGUUCCACUCUGCCGUAAACCCACUGACACAACACCCGUUUCUGUCCUCUCACCACAACUACGCAUUUCAGCCUGUAACCCCUCUGGAUCUACAUAUCCCUCUUCUUGGAAUCCCCGCCUCCAAGUUCACUCUGUUGUUCUGCCACCCACAUACCCAACCUUCUCAAAACCUUUUGAACCUCUCACAGCAAAAGAUCUUUUAUCCGUGUCUACCCUUCUCACACCACCUCAAACCCGCCGACACCGCCGUCGUCGGCCUCGUGCGAGUGAAAAACUGUUGCGGGCGGCUUGGGAGAGUAUUAAACUGGGAGAAGUGGAAGAUGAGGCUGUCAAGGGUGUGUUGGCCAUUGCGAUUUUGGCAAUGAAUGGAGUUGUGAGAGUUGUGGUUUAGCGAUCUUCUAUGUCUAUUUCUUUGUACGUUCCUUUGUGUUGUGGCUAAAUAAAAUAUUUUGUUUUGAGAGCA